AUGGCAGCCCCCAGUGAGGAGUCCUUUAGAGAAAUUGCAAAUUUGCCAAAUUUGAGGAUUUUAUGGCAGAUUGAAUCGAAAGAUGCAGAAGAAACAUCAAAAUAUGUUAUUUACCGUUCGUCUCGACCAGAUUUAUUGAACGAGGAGGGAGUGUCAGCUUUUAAAAAGCUUGGUAUCGAAAAUAUUUUGGACUUUAGAUCCAAGAAGGAGUACAGUAAGGCCAAUGGCAAAAAACUUUUGGAUGAAAUUUAUCCGUUACAUAAGGUGAAUUUUCCUCAUGGAAGAAAUUACAGACCAGGGGAACCGGUUAAUUUAAAGCGAGUUAUCAAACGUGACUACUUAUUUUAUAGUAAAUAUUUUAGUACAAAACAAAUUGUUACACAGAAAACUGGAGAUGACAAAAAUACACAAAACCAUGGCAGCCAUAUUUUAAUAGAUUUUUUCAGUGCUAAAUAUAUUUGGACUGUAUUUAAGAGGGCACCAUGGUAUCUGCAGCUAUAUUCAUUGAUAUUUUUAGCCAUUGACAUCAUGUUUAACACCGGUUAUGUUUAUUUUGUUCGUUUCUUUGCGCGUAACGUCUUAAAUCCGACUGGUUUGAUUGGACAAUAUAAAGAUAUGAUUGACAUGAGUCAGAGAAGUAUUUGCUCAGCAUUAAAGUUAUUAAGUAAUAAAGAAAACUAUCCUGUAUUUAUAAAUUGUGCACAUGGUAAAGAUAGAACAGGACUAGUGUCGGCUUUAGUAUUAUCUUGUCUUCAACUUCCAAAACGCUAUGUUAGCAAUGAGUAUGCUUUAUCUAUGUAUGGUACAACUAGUAUGAAAGAUAGGCUGUAUACAGAAAUUGUUAAAAGAUUUCAUAUGAGUGAAGAAUUUGUGACAGCUGAAGCAGACACCAUGAUGAAGUUAUUGAACUAUAUUUGUGAAAUGUAUGGCUCUGUGGAGAAUUAUUUAGAAUGUAUUGGUUUUGGUGAAAAGGAACAAGAAAGUCUAAGAAAUAUUUUUGGUAGACAGAAAGUAUCAGAUACAGAAUAA